AUGGAAGAGCCAGUUGCCGAAAUUAAUAGACAAAUGGUACAAAGAACAACAACAACAACAACAACAACAACAACAACAACAACAACAACAACAACAACAACAACAACAACAACAACAACAACACCACCACCUAGAAGAUCAGGAAGAAUAAGAAGUCCAAGAAAGAGAGACAUUUAUGAAGCACCCGAAAGAUCAAGAAAAAGAACAACAAAAUCACAAACAACAAAAUCAAAAUCAAAAUCAACAAGAACAAGAACGACAAUUAGAGCAGAUGCAGGAGGAGUUGGAAUGACAGCAUCAGUUCCAGAAAGAACUGCUGAAAAUAUUAGCCCAACUCCUACGCUUGUUAGUAAUGAGAUGUUGUAUGAUCAAGGAAAAGUCCUUCAAGCAAUCCUUGAAGCAAUCCUUGAAGCAGUAAACAGAUUGAAUAACACAAUGACUCGCGUGCGUGAGUUCUACCCUCCAAAACCAUGA